UUAUCUCCUGUUGAUUAGGUACUUCCACAAUUUUGUGUCUGGUAUGGGGAAUGUGGAGUUGCUUCUGGAGACAAGAGAUACAACUGUGCAUAUGAUGGACCACCAAUAGCACUACCAGAGGAUGGCUAUGACUUAAUGCAGGAACUGUGUCCAGGUUUAUUCUUUGGCAAUGUUAGCACUUGCUGUGAUGUUCGUCAGCUUCAGACAUUGAAAACCAACUUGCAGCUGCCCCUGCAGUUUCUCUCCAGAUGUCCAUCGUGUUUUUACAACUUGAUAAACCUCUUCUGUGAACUGACUUGCAGUCCAAACCAGUCUGACUUUUUGAAUGUUACAAGCACCAUACCUUAUUAUGAUCCAGUUUUAAAGGAGAACAAAAGUAGCAUUACGGAGCUGCAGUACUUUAUUGGAGAACGUUUUGCAAGUGCAAUGUAUAAUGCCUGCAAAGAUGUGGAGGCUCCAUCAAGUAAUGUUAAAGCACUGGGGCUGCUGUGUGGGAAGGAUGUGAAGGACUGCAAUGCAACCAACUGGAUUGAGUACAUGUUUAAUAAAGACAAUGGACAAACUCCUUUCAGCAUUAUUCCUGUCUUUUCAGAUGUUCCUAUCCAUGGAAUGAGUCCUAUGAACAAUGCUACCAAAGGCUGUAACGAGUCUGUGGAUGAUUCAACAGCACCAUGUAGUUGUCAGGACUGUUCAAUUGUUUGCGGUCCAAAGCCUCAGCCCCCUCCAUUGCCUGCCCCUUGGCUUUUGUUUGGUUUGGAUGCUAUGUAUGUCAUCAUGUGGAUCUCCUACAUGGGAUUUCUGCUCACGUUUUUUGCACUAGUUUUUGGAGUAUGGUGUUACAGGAGGCGGCACUUUGUCUCAGAGUACACACCAAUUGACAGCAAUGUAGCCUUUUCUGUGAGUUCCCAUCGUGACAAUGGGAAAAUUACCUGUGGUGAAAGGUUUGGUGAAAGGUUUGAGAACGGCUUAAGGAUGACUUUCACAUCGUGGGGGGCUUUCUGUGUCAGAAAUCCACGUCCUGUUAUCCUCUUCUCGGUGGUUUUCAUUGCAAUGUGCUGCUCCGGCUUUGUCUAUGUUAAGGCUACUACAAACCCUGUGGACCUCUGGUCAGCCCCAAGUAGCCAAGCUCGCAAGGAGAAGGAGUACUUUGACACACACUUUGGGCCUUUCUUUCGUACCGAACAACUCAUUAUUCAAGCGCCGAACAGCCGUCCAGACACCUACUCACCUUACCCAUCGGGAGCAGAUGUACCUUUUGGGCCUCCACUUAGAAAAGAGAUUCUCCAUCAGGUGCUGGAUUUGCAGGAUGCUAUUGUCAACAUAACUGCAUCUUUUGACAAUGAGACUGUAAUGCUGAAAGACAUUUGCCUGGCUCCUCUUGCUCCCUACAACAACAACUGCACUAUACUGAGUGUACUCAACUACUUUCAGAACAGUCAUUCUGUACUAGAUCACACUAUCGGGGAUGAGUUCUUUGUCUAUGCUGACUACCACACUCACUUCCUAUACUGCGUGCGGGCUCCAGCAUCACUGAAUGACACAAGCUUGCUUCAUGAUCCCUGCUUAGGAACAUUUGGUGGACCUGUAUUUCCGUGGCUGGUGUUGGGAGGGUAUGAUGAUGAAAACUAUAAUAAUGCUACAGCUCUUGUUAUUACUUUUCCUGUCAACAACUACUACAAUGAUUCAAGAAAGCUAAUGAAGGCCUUGGCAUGGGAAAAAGAGUUUAUUAAUUUUUUGAAGAGCUAUGAUAAUCCAAACUUAACAAUAUCGUUUUCUGCGGAACGGAGUAUUGAAGACGAAAUCAAUCGUGAAAGCCAGAGUGAUGUUGGCACUGUGCUGAUAAGCUAUAUUGUAAUGUUUGUGUACAUCUCCAUAGCUUUGGGACAUAUCCAGAGCUGUGGAAGACUGCUGGUGGAUUCUAAGAUCUCCCUGGGCAUUGCAGGCAUCCUGAUUGUACUGAGCUCAGUGGCAUGUUCUGUAGGCAUUUUCAGCUACUUUGGAAUCCCACUGACACUAAUAGUGAUAGAAGUAAUUCCCUUCUUGGUGCUGGCUAUUGGGGUAGACAACAUUUUCAUCAUGGUCCAGACACUUCAGAGAGAUGAGCGCCUUCAGGGUGAAACCCUGGAUAAACAGAUUGGAAGAGUCUUGGGAGAUGUGGCACCCAGUAUGUUUCUCUCAUCUUUUUCGGAGACUGUGGCAUUCUUUCUUGGGACACUGUCUACGAUGCCAGCGGUUCGCACAUUCUCCCUGUUUGCUGGAAUGGCUGUGCUCAUAGACUUUAUUCUUCAAGUCACUUGCUUCGUAAGUCUCCUGGGCUUGGAUAUUAAGCGUCAAGAGAGGAAUAGACUGGAUAUUCUGUGUUGCAUCAAAAGCAAUGAAGAAGUUGGAGUCCAGCGUUCAGAGAGCAUCUUAUUUCUGUUCUUCAAAAAUCUGUUUGCUCCGUAUCUGCUUAAGGACUGGAUGAGACCCAUAGUGAUAGCGAUGUUUGUGGGUGUCCUGUCGUUCAGUACAGCGGUCAUACACAACGUAGAGAUUGGACUGGAUCAGUCUCUCUCGAUGCCAGAUGACUCCUAUGUGAUGGAUUAUUUCGGCCACCUCAGCAAGUACCUGCAUGCAGGUCCUCCUGUCUACUUCGUCCUAGAAGAAGGGCACAACUACACCUCUCUGGAAGGGCAGAACAUGGUGUGUGGUGGAAUGGGAUGUAAUAAUGAUUCACUUGUCCAGCAAGUCUUCAAUGCUGCGGAAAUUGGUAGCUACACAAGGAUAGGCUAUGCCCCGUCAUCCUGGAUCGAUGACUACUUUGACUGGGUGAAGCCGCAGUCUUCCUGUUGCCGAGUCUACAAUACCACUGGCCAGUUUUGCAAUGCUUCAGUCACCGAUCCAUCCUGCACUCGUUGUCGACCGCUGACUCAAGAAGGCAAGCAGAGACCGCAGGGCAAAGACUUCAUGACGUUUCUGCCAAUGUUCCUGUCGGACAACCCUAAUCCUAAAUGCGGCAAGGGAGGCCAUGCUGCAUAUAACUCUGCUGUCAACUUUAUAAACAACAAAUCUGAUGUUGGAGCUACGUAUUUUAUGACUUACCAUACUGUACUGAAAACAUCAUCCGAUUUUAUUGAUGCCAUGAAGAAAGCUCGGGAUAUAGCGGAUAACAUCACUGAAACCAUGGGCAUCAAAGAGAAGAACUACCGGGUGUUUCCUUACAGUGUGUUUUAUGUCUUCUAUGAACAAUACUUGACCAUUGUGCAUGAUGCCAUCUUUAACCUCUGCAUCUCCUUGGGAUCAAUAUUUCUGGUGACAACUGUGCUGCUUGGUUUUGAAGUGUGGGCGGCUGUUGUAGUGUCAGUAACUAUCGCUAUGAUCAUCAUCAACAUGUUUGGAGUGAUGUGGCUCUGGGGCAUCAGCUUGAAUGCGGUUUCGUUAGUGAAUCUUGUCAUGAGUUGUGGUAUUGCUGUGGAAUUCUGUAGUCACGUGACGAGAGCGUUCACGGUCAGCACGAAGGGCAGUCGAGUAGAGCGUGCAGAAGAAGCUCUGUCUCACAUGGGCAGUUCG